AUGGCCCGUCUCCUCCUGCUCAUCACGCUGGCCCUGCUCUGCCUCGCAUCCGCAGAGCCUCUCCGCCAUCGCCAGCUGCGUAAACACCGUCCGCGCGACGAGGACACGCCCGUCUUCUCGCUGCACAACCUCUCGCUGAAGCUCUUCCACAAGCGAGCUGUGCCCGCUGACCCUGUGCCCGUCGCCGCCGUCGUCGCUGUCGAGGAGGCUCGCUUCAAGCGCGUGAGGAGACAGAACACCGGCGACAUCACCACCUCGCCCACGAUACCACCUUCAAGUACGGCCAGUCCCAGUCCCAGUCCAACUGCUUCUCCCACUGCCUCUCCUACUUCUGGCCCGGAGUCUCCCACCGCGGCUCCCACGGACAACAGCUCAUCUUCUCCUGCAGGCACUCCCUCGCCUACCACGCCGACCUCUCCUACGUCUCCUACGAGUCCUACGAGUCCUACUGAUACGCCGACUGCUACGCCCACCGUCACUCCUACUUCUCCCACUGCUACUCCUACGACGCCGACCGAGACUCCUACUUCUCCUACCUCUCCUACUUCUCCCUCCGAGACGCCUACCAUCACGCCUACCGUUACUCCUACGACCACUCCUACGACGCCCACGACCACUCCUACCACGAGAGAGACGACCAGAGAGACAGACGGCACCACUCUCACGACCGAAACAUCUCCUACUCGCACCACCAGCUCGCCCUCCGAGACCUCUCGCCCAGCUACGUCUAGAGCCACCACGCCUACUACUACUAGGCCCCGUUCGUCUUCUACCUCUACCCAGGUCGGCACCACGACCGCGGCCGACGGCUCAGUGCACACCUACACCUCCGUCGUGGUCGUCUAUCCUACUCCCUCGGACGUGGGCAACGGUGGCGGCAACGGCUCCCCGGCUCCCUCGGCCACUCCGACGCUGCAGAACGGUGCGGCCGGUGUUUCGAGCGUGGGGCUGACCGGUGUCUUUGUUGCUGUUAUGGGUGGUGCUGUCGGUGUUGCUCUCGUUCUCUAG